AUGGCGACUCCGAUCGGUUCUCCCCGUGUCCCCUCGACUGUCGGUUCUUCACUAGUGACGCCAGUUGCUCGGGAUGUCGUGGAGCCCGAUGAUAUAGGCGCUCGGGCCCUUUUUGGGUCCGGGCCGGACGGCCGUGGUCCACCGAUAUCGGACCCGGCGUCCUUCCGCCCACUGCGCCCCGAUUCCUAUGGGCCGGUGGCUGGCCGCGGUGGAGCCUCGCUCCCCGAUGAGCCCAUGAGCGAGCAUCCGGGUGCACCCCAUGAUUCCGUCGCAACGAUUACCGCGGCGGGUCAUGGUGGUGCCGCCCCCGCCAUCGAUAACGGCGGGUGGCAUACCGGACCCUGUGCUGUCAGGGCCCUGGUCGAUGAAGCCAUUGGGUCGGAAGCAUCCGCGCGCAUCGCCACCGAUAUUCUGGCGAUCGCGCAGGGUGUGACCAACACCCAGGCCGACCUCGAUAUACUGAGGAACGGCGUCUCGGAUAUCACCGAAGCGCUUGAGAGCAAGAUCCGAGACAUGUGGGAGCUUCUUCAGGCCGAAUUGAGGAAAGAGCGUGAGCUGUUCAUGCAGUUUCAGGACUCUUUCCGCGAGAGGCGGAUUUCUGAUCACGAGACGCUUGAAGAUCAUUUUGCGAAGCUCACCUCGACGAUCAAUGAUCGACUUAUUGAGUUCGAUGAGCGGAUCCAUCAGUUCAACGAAAAGCGUGCUGGAUCGCUAUCCAUGCAGCUUGCCGAGACGAUCCGCCACAUCAAGCAGUACCCAGACGCGCUGCGGCAGAUUCAGAUCAAUAUCUCUAAUGCCGAAGCGCGCGUUGCUGCUGUGGAGCAGAAUGCUACUCACCGCAUCGAAGUCAUCAGAUCCGAGAUGAGUCGCGCUCUCUACGAUCAUAAGGAGAGUAACCGAGCUCAUAUCGAUCAGCUGACUGCUCGAAUCCAGCACCUCGAGAACGCUCAUGUCCGCAGAGGCGGUUCUGAUAGAUCGACGCCUUCGCGUCCAGAACGAACGCAGUUCUUCGAUAUCAGUGACCAUGGUGGGGAUAUUCCACGCCCUGCGGACCUGCCGCCAGUUCCAGGUGCUCUAUUCCCUGGCGGACCGACUACGGCCAUUCCGAGGUCUUCCCUGUUGGGUCCGAUCGAUCAUGGCUCUCCGCCGGGAUGCAAUGCUGCGCCUGCUGAAAAGGCCUCAACGGUUCACUCUCAGACGAGUGGAAUCAAUCUCGAUGAAAUUCUGAGGAAGAUCGCCGAAUCAGGCCGUUCCUUCCGCAAAUGCCGCCGGAGCGACUUCCGGUCAAGCCCGACCUUCCCAUGCCAAAUCUCCUAUGACACUCGAACUGUCCCGGCAGGGAAGGGACCGUCACGGUGGUAUGAUGCGAUGCUUGGCCGAUCGAAUCUCAUUGGCAACGGUGCUGGCGCACCAAUUCUCCAUAGUGAGACCGGUACUUUUACCCUUGCGCCGAACACGAGCGUUACUGCGACGCUUCAGCAUGAUGCGGCCAAUGAUGCCAUGCCCCCGAUGCCCACCUUCAGUGCCAGAACGUCCAUUCCUGCACCCAGUGCCGCGCCAUCCGGAUUUGGUGGACCGCCUCCCGCGUAUAACGGAGGCGGCGGUUAUUCUGGUGGUGAUGGCCCCAACGAUAAUGGGGGUGCAUAUGGCGGUGGCUUCGGAUUCGGAGGACAUGGGCACCACGGGUCCGGUUUUGGUCCCGGUGGCGGUGGUGGCCCACCCGACGGCCCACCUGGUGGUCCGCCUGGUGGUGGUGGCCCUCCUGACGGGAGUGGUCCGCCCGAUGGCGGCCUUGAUCCGCCUAGCAUCAGGCCCUCCGGUCGGCCGAGUGGGAACGAUACGUUCCAGUGCGAGCGAUGCACCGGAACUUUCCCGACCAUCGUGCGACGGUCGUGCAUCUCUUGCCGAUUCUCGUGUUGCAACGGAUGUUGCCGAGAUCCUUUGAGAAUCUGUCUCGUGUGUAUUGAGAGACAGACUGGGAAUCCACCUGGUCCCAACGAUUCGGGAUUCGGUGGACCCAAGGGCGAUGGAUCACUGAGCGAGGCCAAGAAGGCGAAGUGCAAGUCCUUUCGUCUCGAUCCUGAGCCGGAGCCUGCUCAGUUGCGACGCUGGAUCGUCGAUAUGAAAGAGCGAGUCGCGAAUGCAUUCGCCUACGAUCCCGGAUACGCCCUAUCAUGGGUUGAGAUUCCCGAUGGUACGCGGUAUGAGGAUCUCCUCGAUGAGUGCAAGUACGGAAUGCUUGAAAACGAAUGCAACUCUGCGUUCCGUGAGUGCGUCCGAUCCAUUGCACUGAAGAAUAAGAUCCAGACCGAGACCGAGCGCAUGCAUACGAUAAACCGGCGACUCGGAAGUAGGCAGAUCUUGUGGCUAUUAUAUGAUUUCCUUCGACCACAUGUCACCGGCGAUUCGACUUUCAAGCUCGUUGACCUGAUGAAGACCACGAUUGAUCGGUUUACUCAUGGAUCCGAGCAGGAAAGGUUAGAAGCCUUCUCCAAUCGGUGGGAUCAUGUUCUCGCUGGUAUCUCAGUCGAUCGCUCCGAGGAUCCUGUUCUCUGCGCUCUCUUUUAUGAGCAGGUGCGUGAGUUCCGCUGUCUCGAGCUCGACAUGCAGCUAUGGGACAGGGACGUAUCCGUACGGAACUACGCAUACUUGCGAACCGUCUGCGUCAAUGCGAUUACAACUUGGCGCCGACGACGCAAUCAGGAGAAGAUGUACACCGCUACGAGGUCUACUUCUGCGCAGAGACGAUACGCUGAGCUCGCCGAGGCGCUCGUCACCCAGACGAUCCUCCCCGCGACGCGGAUCGCCAAGACGAUAUUCCCGCAGUCCGGGACGAGCAGCUCCCGCACCGACUCGCCCAAUGCAAUGACAGCAUCCUCUUAUGGAGACUUCGCCUUCGCUUGCGUUGCAUCAUUCGAUAUGGCAUGUCCGUCAGUCAAGCGGAAGACAGUGUCGUUUGGGAAUACUGAGACCCGCGUGAUAGAGUCUUCUUUCCCGGAGCCAAACUUCGGUCCCGUCAAUCGCGAGAGGAAUUUGAACUAUUCGUGGCCGGAAGAUAUCCGUAGUCUGAAUAGUGCUCGCGAGAGGCGAAGGGCGCACAUGAAGGCUGUGCUUUGGAGAGAGCAGGUUUUGCUCGAUGACGUUGAUGCCAAAACGCUAGGUAAUGAUGCUUGUGUUCUUGAGCUCACGCUUUCUCAGCGGAGCGCUUGCGAGGUCUUUGCUGCUGCUGUCAAGUCUAUUAAGAGGGUCCGGAGACUAAUGCUCGACUCCGGUUGCGGUAUAGACCUUAUUGGUCUCGGUGAUCUGUCCCGCGAAGAAAGGGACCUGAUAGUUCAGAAUGCUAAGAUCAGCCUUAGGACCGCCAAUGGGAAAACUAACACCAAAGGUGUUGCCCAUAUGCGCAUUGACGGCCUCGAUGAGCUGAUUGUAGUCGCGGGUCGACCUGAUCUCCCUCGUGUGUAUCCGGCACUCCCAGCACCGAUCAUUAUUCACGAGAAAAUCGUGGCUGCGGGUGAAGAACCUGUGGGCGAGCUAGACGACAUUGGUGAGCUCGAUCUUGAUAUGCCUGGUGCUAAGAGUGCCCAGAAAAGUGCACCUGACGAUAUCAAGAAGGUGCCUAGCAAGCCUAAGCAUCAGUCGCCGCCCGAUGAACCGAGAGCGCGCGAUCUGAGGGAGGAGGCUAAGUCCAUCCGUCACCUUAUGACCCAUCUACCUAAGAAUCCCUACUGCGAUGCAUGCCAACGUGCAAAGAUGGAAAACGUUAAAUCGUUUCGCCAAGACUCACCACGCGAUAAAGGGUUUGAGAAAUUUGGCGAGCACGUCACCAUCGAUACUAUGGUGUUGCACUGGCUUGGCAAUCGUGGGAAUAAUGGGGAAACAGAUGCAGUUGUCUUCUAUGAUCUAGCGACCGAGUGGUUAGAGAGUGUUCCCGUCAAGGGGAGGACGAAUGCCGACACGCUUCGAGCGUUCCAGCAGGUUUUCGGCGACCUUCAAGAUGUGAACUCGUUCUCCAUGGAUGUGGAGAGAAGGUAUGCACCGUCUCCGGGAAAUCUACUGUGA